AUGAAAAGGUUUUUGUUAGUCCUUCUAUGCUUUCACCUCAUACCUUCCAUCGAUUCUUGGAGGUCCUGUGUAUGGGAGUUGUGUGAAGAAUGCCUCCCUACGCAGAUCCACGAUGCUCCCGGGAUCGGCUUUGACUUGACCUUCUCAUAUGGAACAGCCUCAGUGCAUUACUAUAACGGAACUAUCGCCGAGGUAGCCAAGAUUCAGGCACAUCCUGAAUAUCUUCAACUCAUGAUGCGCCUUAAAGGCGAACAUAAGCCAAAGCCAUGGUACGAUGAUAAAUCUCUCUAUGCCACUUUUCUUUCCCGAUUAUCUCUAUCCGAUACGACUUCAUGGGGCGCUCGAUGGCGUCGCCUGAACAAGAAGCUUGGUCGACCAAUUAAAGCGCGUAACGACGUUGAAAUCAUCAGCGAUUUACUCCAAGAACUCAAAGCUUCCACUGAAAAAGAAAUAUCUCAGCAAAUUGAUAGGGUUGCUGUUACGACCCCCGAUAUUUCUAUGAAUCGAAUAGUUAAUGCUGCACUUGAGGACUUGAAUCUACGCACAUGGGUGGGUGAUAGUCGCUAUUACACUCAUUCAUUAACAGAAGCCGAUGCUGUCUAUGCAGCAAAUGGAUAUGGAAUAUGCACAUACUAUCAAGAUCUUUGGGAUUGCAAAACGGAGUUUGAGGAUCUACCUAAUAGCCAGGUUUUCACCAUAUUCUAUAGUCGGCAUGUUCUUUACACCAGCAUUACAGCCUCUUUUAGUGGCAUGGCUUUCGAUUCUUUGAAUUCCGAUGAAGCACAACUUUUCGAUUUCGAGGUUGGGCUAGACCAUUUUCUCCAGACAAAUGGGUCCCAGGAUUCACUAUGGUCCCGCAUCCGUUCACAACUCUUGGUCCUUCCUCGAAAGUACCCAUAUCAUCUUACCCAUAUUUUUCUAGCUGGUGAGAGUGUGACCCAUCCGCGCUUUCUAGCUUUAUUAAAAGAUAUCCUACCUGAGCUCAUGCCUAUAUCGCCGCCUACGCAUAUAAAUUUUGACACGAAUAUUCUGGAUUAUAGCACCAUAUCUAAAAUUACUGAUCCAACAUUCGCAGCCUCUCGAGGUGCAGCCCUAUAUGCCCGAAGGCGACAAGAAGUACCGGGUGACUGUACUGAGCGCCCAGAAUGUGAAGUGAGAAGGAACCUUGAGCGAUUGAAUCUUCCCUUGCCUUUCAAGGAGGAGCUAUAG